AUGAAAAUCAAAGCACUUUCCCGCUCCACGGCAUCGCAGCAGGCCCCCGGGUCCGCUGUCGUUCGCCAGUCGCGGAAUCUCGACCCAACUCAGCAUCCUUUUGAGCGGGCUCGUGAAUACACUCGAGCUCUGAAUGCGAUCAAGAUGGAGCGCAUGUUCGCUGCUCCCUUCCUAGCUCAAAUGGGUAAUGGACAUGUUGACGGUGUUUACUCUAUGGCAAAAGAUCCCGGCUCGCUUGAACGUUUUGCAAGUGGCAGUGGUGAUGGUGUGGUGAAGGUGUGGGAUCUGACAACGCAGGGCGAGGUUUGGAAUACCCAAGGCCAUGAGAAUAUGGUCAAGGGACUGUGCUGGACGCCGGAGCGAAAGCUUCUGUCAUGCGCGAGUGACAAGACCAUUAAAUUGUGGGAUCCUUACAACUCAUCAUCUGAGGCCCCACCGAUGGCAACCUACCUCGGAAAUAGUGCCUUCACCAGUGUUACGCAUCACCGAACCCUCCCUUCUUUUGCUGCCGCUUCUGGUGUCAUUUCUAUCUACGACCUUUCCCGGCCGUCCUCCACACCAUCGCAAACUCUGCACUGGCCGACCAGCGUUGACACCAUCACAUCUGUUGCGUUCAACCAGACUGAGACUUCUAUCCUGGCUUCGACCGCCAUGGAUCGCUCAGUCAUCAUGUACGACCUGCGUACUUCCCAGCCGGUCCACAAGACGACAUUGAGACUAGCAUCUAACGCCAUUUCGUGGAACCCCAUGGAAGCUUUCAACUUUGCCGUGGCAAACGAGGAUCACAACGCGUACAUCUUCGAUAUGAGAAAGAUGGACCGUGCUCUCAAUGUCCUGAAGGACCAUGUGGCUGCUGUUAUGGAUGUUGAUUUCAGCCCCACGGGUGAAGAGCUGGUCACUGCCUCAUACGAUCGGACAAUCCGCCUAUGGAACCGAUCAACUGGUCACUCGCGUGACAUCUACCACACAAAGCGGAUGCAACGUGUCUUCUCGGCAACAUUCACACCUGACAACAAGUAUGUUUUGACAGGAUCGGACGACGGCAAUGUUCGUCUCUGGCGUGCCAACGCAUCAGACCGCAGUGGAGUUAAGACUGCCCGUCAACGUUCUAAGCUGGAGUACGAUCAAGCUUUGAUCAAGCGGUACUCACACAUGCCCCAAAUUCGCCGCAUCAAGCGCCAGCGUCAUGUGCCCAAGCCUAUCAAGAAGGCUGGAGAAAUCAAGCGCGAGGAGCUCAAUGCUAUUAAGAGGCGUGAGGAGAAUGUGCGCAAGCAUACUAAGAAGAGCAACCUGGCACCGAGAACCCAUGAGCGUGAGAAGAUGAUUCUGGCCAACGAGCAAUAA